GAGGCACGGUUGCACUCUGACAGGAGACAUCAUGGGGAGAGCUCUGAUGCAAACCACCCUCUUUGGUCUGUUGCUGACUUUGGUCACCUCAUUGCCAAAUAAAGAUGACUGGGACAUCUACAGCUUUCACAUCAACUCCACAGUGACCAGUCGUUACGCUACAACAGUCAUCACAAGCCGCAUGGCCAAUCGAAUGAACGAAUCCAAGGAAGUAGAAUUCCAAGUGCGGAUUCCCAAGAAUGCCUUCAUCAGUAAAUUCAGAAUGUUUAUGGACGGCCAGGUGUACGAUGGUGUUGUGAAAACCAAGGAACAGGCUCAGCAGCAGUACACUGCAGCUGUAUCCCGUGGGCAAAGCGCUGGGCUCGUCAGCUCUGUAGGGAGGACCCUGGAGGAAUUUAAGACGUCAGUGACUGUGGCCGCUCACCAAAAGGUGACCUUUGAACUCACGUAUGAGGAACUGCUGAAACGCAGGCACGGCAAGUACGAACUGCAAAUCCAUGCUCGGCCGAUGCAGCCUGUCAGCGACUUCAAGGUUGAUGUGUACAUUGAUGAAAAGGCCGGCAUCAGUUUCCUGGAGGUUAAAGGUGGACUAAGCACCAAAGCUCUGGCUAAUGCCAUCACCAAAACACUGACAGACAAACAGGCGUGGGUGUACUUCUACCCAACUGAAAGCCAACAGAAGACAUGUGACAGCUGUGGAGAGCAGGGUAUGAAUGGAGAUCUGGUUAUUGUUUAUGAUGUCAAGAGGGACAUUUCAGUUGGUGACAUUAAGGCAUCAGGUGGAUAUUUUGUUCACCACUUUGCUCCGUCCAGUCUUCCACGGAUACCAAAGAAUGUUGUCUUUGUUAUUGAUCAAAGUGGCUCCAUGAGUGGCAGAAAAAUACAACAGACCAGGACAGCAUUAAUCCAUAUUUUGAACGAUUUGAAUGAAGAUGAUUUUUUCGGUCUCAUCACUUUUGAUGGUGACAUUUUUCACUGGAAGAGAGAACUUGUUCAGGCCACCAAGACAAAUGUGAACAGUGCCAAGACUUUUGCACAAAAUAUUCCAGCCAGCGGAUCCACUGACAUUAAUGCAGCAGUGCUGGAAGGAGCUCGUAUUCUGAAGGCACAUCCCAGAGAAGGUUCAGCAUGGAUCCUUAUACUUCUGACUGAUGGGGACCCCACCUCAGGGGUGACAAACCUUAAAAAAAUACAGUCCAAUGUCCGAAAGGCCGUUGCAGGCAAAUUUCCUCUCUACUGUCUUGGUUUUGGUUUUCGCGUCAAUUUUGAAUUCCUUGAGAAGAUGUCACUGCAGAACAACGGUGUAGCACGACGGAUCUAUGAGGACUCUGAUGCUGACUUACAGCUGAAGGGUUUCUAUGAAGAGGUGGCCACUCCUCUGUUGACCAAUGUAACCAUGAUGUACACAGGAGGCACCAAUCUGACCCAGACUCACUUCACACAGUAUUAUAAUGGCUCUGAGAUUGUGGUGGCUGGUCAGAUCACUGACAAUGACAUCGAGACCUUCACUCCAGAAGUUAUAGCCAUUUCAGGAACAGGCAGUGUGAGGUUUUCUGACACUAAUCCCACUGUGGAAUCGACUGACACAGUGUCUGACAGACGCCUUCAGAGGGUUUGGGCCUACCUCUCAGUCAAACAACUCCUGGACAAGGCGCUGCAGUUGUCUGGGCCUGAGAAGGAUCGAAUGAGGGAAGAGGCCUUGAAGCUGUCACUGAAGUACAGCUUUGUGACCUCACUCACAUCUAUGGUGGUCACCAAGCCUGAGGGAGACAACUCUGAUGUGCUGCAUAAACCCAAAGAAGGCCAGAUGCAGCCUAAUCCAGGAAGUAGUGCUCGUUAUAGUAGUGCUGGAAGAAGCAGAGGUGUUGGAUAUUCUCAUGUUCCCACUCGUAAAGAAAUCCAUGGUUUUCCUGUUCAUUUUGGUAGAGCAGGUGCACAUGCCCAUCUUCUUCAUAUUGAAGAAGAAGCAUCUUUGUUGAUCCGUCCUCAGUAUAAAAUGGGCCCUGAUUUGCGCACCAGAUUAUCUACUGUAGUGACAUCUGCUGAUCUGCUGGUUGCUGAUCCUGUUGUUCACAGGUUUUUGAUUAAAACUGAGAACCAGUCUCUUCCACUCUGCUUCAACGUACCUGGAGACACUCGCCUAAAACUUCUUCACCAUCCCAGUGAGGAGCUAUCUGUGUUUGGUCAUCUUGAUUCUAUAAAAGACAGAGGCUUUAAAAUAAUUGGCAUCCAUUUAAAAAAUGGCCAGUUUGUUGAGAUCACCACAGUUGGCAUCAGUGUAAGACAAUCGUCAGGAGAUAUGCGCUCCUUUGAACGGAACCUUGUCUCACCUGACAUUACAGUGACUGGACGAGACAAGGAAUUUGAUGUUGCCGUUGGAGACACUCGCAUGGUCGUCUUAAUUCAUGAGGUGGAUGGUAACAAAUUCCUCUGGCCAGUUUUAAGACAGAAGCCGUCAGACAACAACAUUGAUGGAAUUUUAGUUCUAAAGCCAGCAGUUUAUGAGGAGUUGCAGCAAAGUCCCUCCACAAAGCUGAAGAUCAGAGAUCAGGAGAUUGGUGUCACCAGAUCCAGUGCUGUUGACUACAGUAUUUCUGCUGCCCCAACACUGGACUGCUGGUUCAUGUCUGCUGAGUCCGCUCUGCAGAGACGCCUGGAUGAUUUCACUGUUGCAAAAUUUUAAUUCAUCUCCACGUAGAAUCACCAGAAAUAUGUUAAUUUAAAGCAAAAUAGGUCAAGCAGUUAUUUACUAUAAUAAAAAUUACAAAUCAAUAAAUAUAUUUCAAAGCUUU